CAAUGACCUCGCUUGCAGAGGGUCUGGUUCUGUCUGGCCAGCACCUGAACCCCAUGGACAGUAUCUCCAAUUCAGUCACUUAUCGUCUCUGGCUCGAAUCCAAUUCGGCCCAGACAUCUCUGUGGCAGCUCUGCCUCCCUUCCUGUCAUUUAUAACCUUGCUGCUCCAAUCUUUGGGAAGUCAUGAUAGUGGAUUGACUGAUGCAUCCACUGGAAACAUGUACAAUCCUCACUGCAGCGCGGCCAGCUUCUGGUACUUAUCCUGGCGGGUCACCCCCUGGUCGAAAAAUGACAUGCGAACGUCGGGGCGAUAUCGAUCGACCCCACAUCUAUCCUAGUGUUCCUGAGAAUCCAGGCGCCCACCCCGUGCUCACAUUCCCGCCUGGCCAAUGACCGUUUCCUGCUAAGUACUUGCAAGUACACGCUUUGUUGUACGGUCUGGAACGCGAGCCGCGGCCUGAGAAAAGCACUCGUGCGGCCAGAGAUUUGCCAGUUGAGGAAUAUUAUGGCCAUGGUCACAACCAUCUCCGCCAAGUUUUCUAUUUGCUCCUUCCUCCGCGCUAGUCACGGAGGGCAUCUCCGAUUCACGGGAGAUGACGCUGACUUUUACUGGGUAGCAUGAUCUCCGGUUGGAUUCCUACCGGAUGACUGUCGUGUGAUUAUGCGCCAACGUGUCUGUUGACGUUGUGCAUCGCUCUCUCGGCGCUUCCAUCUCGAAUUCCGCGUCUCGUUUGGGAAUUCCACUUGUGGUUUUUCGCAUCGAAGCCCAUCGUGCCACCGAACCUCGGCCACGCCGGGGGACAGAAAUUAGCCCUUUCGAGCACCAGAAUAGCGAAUGGAGACUGUAUCAGGUCGUCAUUCGCGCGAAGCCCCAUCAUGUGGUGCUCUGGCACAUGGACCGCUGCUUUCACGGGGCCCGUAUGAUGCAGCUGACGGCCAGUAUUAAAGCUCGAACGACGAGCAGUUUAUUCAGUCCCCAAUGCGAGUCUCUACCGUUCUCGUUGGCUUUGUGGCCUGUGUCUUUGCGCAGACGACGGUCGAUCAAUAUGUCGCGACCGAAUCGCCCAUCGCCAAGGCUGGGUUGUUCGCCAACAUCGGUCCUUCGGGGUCGAAGUCCCAAGGCGCUAAGGCAGGAGUGGUGAUCGCCAGUCCGAGCACCACCAACCCGAACUAUCUGUUCACCUGGACGCGAGACUCGUCGCUCGUGUUCAAGUACAUCAUCGACCAGUUUGUUUCGGGACAAGACACCACAUUGCUGGGCCAGAUCCAAAACUUCGUGUCUGCGGAGAGCAUCUUGCAGCAGUAUCAAACCCCAGCGGCACUGUAUCAACUGGCGGCCUCGGCGAACCUCAUUACAACAUCGACGAGACGCCUUUCACCGGUGCUUGGGGAAGGUAUGCAGCUCGUGAAAAAUGAUGCGAGCGGAUACCAAACUCCAUCCAGACCUCAGCGUGACGGACCUGCUCUCCGCGCAACUUCGAUCAUCGAAUACGCGAACUGGGUGCUCAAAAACACGAGCGCGUCGAACGUCCUCAGCACAUUGUGGCCGAUCAUCAAGCUUGAUUUGGACUAUGUGGCUGCUGACUGGAAUCAGACAACUUUCGAUCUUUGGGAAGAGGUCAACUCGUCAUCCUUCUUCACGACAGCAGUUCAACACCGGGCCCUUCGCGAAGGUGCAGCUUUGGCCAAGGCUCUCGGUCAGACUGCCGUCAUCAGCAACUACUUGGCGCAGGCGGACAACUUGCUGUGCUUCCUCCAAUCAUACUGGAACCCAACCAGCGGGUACAUCACUGCCAACACCGGCGGCGGACGCUCAGGCAAAGAUGCCAACACCGCAUUGGCCUCGAUCCACACCUUUGAUCCCGCUGCUGGCUGUGAUGCCACCACCUUCCAGCCGUGUUCCGACAAGGCCUUGUCGAGCUUGAAAGUCUACGUUGACUCUUUCCGCUCGAUCUACUCCAUCAACAGCGGGAUCGCAUCGAACGCAGCAGUCGCUACCGGCCGAUACCCCGAAGAUUCGUACAUGGGCGGAAACCCCUGGUACUUGACCACAGCUGCUGUGGCCGAGCAGCUCUACGAUGCUCUGAUCGUCUGGAAGGCCCAAGGGUCGCUGAACGUGACGUCGACGUCUCUCGCCUUCUUCCAGCAGUUCCUCCCCUCGGUCACUGCCGGCAGUUACGCAUCUUCGACGUCGACUUUCACCACACUGACCACGGCUGUCAAGACAUUCGCGGACGGGUUCUUGGCCAUCGAUCAGAAAUACACGCCCAGCAACGGCGGGCUUGCUGAGCAAUACAGCCGGUCGAACGGCAGCCCCCUCAGCGCAGUGGAUCUGACCUGGAGCUACGCCGCCAUCCUCACGGCGUUCUCCGCACGCGCUGGCAACGCUUCGCCCGGAUGGGGCGCUGCCGGGCUGAGCGUCCCAUCGGUAUGUCAAACCUCUGGAAGCGGCAGUGGCGGCAGCAGCGGUGGCGGUGGUGGAUCUGCUGGCACUGUGGCUGUGACGUUCAAUGUCGUCGCGACUACCGUCUUUGGAGAAAACAUCUAUCUCGUCGGAAAUGUGGACGCGUUGCAGGGCUGGAACACUAACAACGCCCUGCUCAUGCCGAAUCCGAACUACCCGACCUGGAGCAUCACCGUCAACCUCCCUGCGUCGAGCGACAUCCAGUACAAGUACAUCCGCAAGGUCAACGGCAACUUCGAGUCCUGGGAAUCCGGUAACAACAACGAGUUCACCUCUCCGGCUAGCGGAACAUUCGUGACGCACGACACCUGGCAUUGAUUCGGCCAAACAAAUGCAGUGUUUUACAAUUCUGAAAGAAAAGCGCCUUAGAGCAUAAUAACUCGACAGAUAGUAUUUCCUCGAUGACUGGC